CAACAAUACAUUUUAAAUUCAACGAUUUUUCAAUAAUACAAGUUUCUUGUUCAAUUUUUCGAUGAUCUAGAACAACGAGUAAUACUUUUUAAACAGUAUGCUCAGUCUCUGACUUGUUCGAUUUAUAAAAUGUUCUCUUCAUUAUUCUUCAAGUGCAGUUCAACUCAUUCAAGAAUUAUUACCAAUGGCAACUGAAGAUGUAUCGAAAAGUUUAUUGAAUGAAAUUGAAACCAUUGAUGAUGAUACGUUAAAAAAUCAUCCAGCAGUGAGCGAUAUGGUAACAAUUUUGACAAUGUUUGCUGCACAAUUGAAAGAAAAGAAAAACGUACAAGGUUUUGAGCCGGUAAAUAAGACGUUUGAGAGGUGGGAACUUUGUUUAAAAGUAUUACUCGUUGUUCUAGAUCAUCGAAAAAUUGAACAAGAAACUUGUAUUAUUGAAAAAUCGUUGAAUUUAAAAUGUAUUGUUGUCGUUAGUUCCGUUUUUCUAACUCAUCACUUGUUAAUGAUGAAUUAUUUAAGAAAAAAUAAAGAUGAUUAA